GUUUUUCUUUUUUUCCAUUUAUACUUUUCCUUACUGUUUUAUUUCUUCAAAUCAAUUGAGAUUGAGUAGUAAUCUGAGGUACACACCCUUCGCGCAUCAUCUCUUUCUUUCUGGAACUUUCUCACAGAGCCGGCGAGAACAGACAAGAAGAAGCCCGUGAAAGAUGGGUGCGAGCAGCGAUCCGAACCAAGACGGGUCGGAUGAACAGCAACGCCGCUCCGAGAUCUACACAUACGAAGCCCCAUGGCACAUCUACGCCAUGAACUGGAGCGUACGCAAGGACAAAAAGUACCGGCUCGCCAUCGCCAGCCUCCUUGAACAGUACCCCAACCGUGUGGAAAUCGUUCAGCUCGACGACUCCACCGGUGAGAUCCGCUCCGACCCCACCCUCUCAUUCGACCACCCCUACCCACCCACCAAGCUUAUCUUCAUCCCCGAUAAAGAAUGCCAGCGCCCGGAUUUACUAGCAUCAUCCUCCGAUUUCCUCCGUCUAUGGCAAAUCUCCGAUUCCGACAGCGGGAGGCGCGUGGAGCUUAAAAGCUUGUUGAAUAAUAACCGCAAUAGCGAGUUUUCGGGGCCGUUGACUUCGUUUGACUGGAACGAAGCUGAGCCGAGGAGGAUUGGGACCUCGAGUAUCGAUACCACUUGUACGAUUUGGGAUAUUGAAAAAGAGGUGGUGGAUACGCAGCUAAUUGCCCACGAUAAGGAGGUUUACGAUAUUGCCUGGGGCGGGGUUGGGGUUUUCGCCUCGGUUUCUGCGGAUGGUUCGGUUAGGGUUUUCGACCUUCGAGAUAAGGAGCAUUCGACCAUUAUUUACGAGAGCUCGGAGCCGGAUACUCCCUUAGUAAGGCUUGGCUGGAAUAAGCAGGAUCCGAGGUACAUGGCUACUAUUAUAAUGGACAGUAGCAAGGUUGUGGUUCUGGAUAUACGUUUUCCAACAUUGCCAGUGGUGGAGUUGCAGCGGCAUCAGGCUAGUGUGAACGCGAUUGCGUGGGCGCCACAUAGUUCUUGCCACAUUUGCACCGCGGGGGAUGAUUCUCAAGCUUUAAUUUGGGAUCUUUCUUCGAUGGGACAGCCAGUGGAGGGCGGGUUGGAUCCAAUUCUGGCCUACACUGCUGGGGCGGAGAUUGAGCAGCUACAGUGGUCCUCAUCACAGCCUGAUUGGGUUGCAAUUGCUUUUUCAAACAAGCUACAGAUUCUGAGGGAUAAAUGACGGUUUGCCUCCAAGAUCUAUCUGUUUGGCGUUUGAGGUCGUUCAGCAUGUUGAAGAAAGUCUGCUGUGGAUUAAGCAGUGGAGAGUGGCCAAUGAUUGAACAACAGUAGUGAACAGGGUGAUGUACCUGCAUCCUUCACUUUUCACUGUGUGGAAGUUAAUUCGGCCUUGAAACAAUGCCUUCAGGCAGUAAGUAUAUUUCAUUGGUCAUUGUAAUUGGCUUCAUGUUAAUUCAUAUUUGUGAAGCAGUUAAUUUCA